AUGUGUUCAACAUCAGCUCCCCCUGCUGUCCAUAAUGUGCCUCUGCACCCCAGCUGUUUCAAACCCUCCCUGCAGCCUUUGAGCCAGGCCUCCUCAUUUACAUACAGUUUGAAAAGCAUCUCCAUUAGUGCUGCUCAAAAUCAAAUGACGCUGGAAGCCAAACUUGGGGCCCUGCAGUGCCACUUCACCUGGGACCUGGACCCCAGCAGGUCCAAACUGUUCUGUCUCAGGGACAUGCUGGAGGACAUCGGCACUGAGGAGGGAAACAGCUGGCUGGGUCACAUUUACAACCUGCAGGGGUACAUUCACUACCAGCUGGGCUUCACUGAAGAUGCCCGGCGUUUCUUCAGCAGGGCUGCAGAGGCCUUCCGCCAGAUGAGAAACACCAGCUCAGAUGAAGGUCCCUGGUUGGUGGUGAACUAUGGGAACCUGGCUUGGCUGCACCACCACCUGGGAGAACAAGCAGAGAGUCAGACUUACCUGUCAAAGGUCGACACCCUGCUGAAAGAAUACCCAUCUCCAUCAGAGGAUGAGCUCCAUCCAGAGAUCUACGCUGAAAAAGCCUGGACCCUGAUGAACUUUGGCAGAGACAAAACACUGCUGGCUGCAGAUUACUUCCAGAGAGCCAUCAGGAUGCAGCCAGACAUGGUGGAGUGGCACACCAGUCAUGUGAUUGCUUUAGUGAAAGGUUGUGGGCACCCUGAUGAACCACUGGAGGAAAACAUCCUGGAGAAAAUGAAAAUUGCCAAAGAACACGAUCCAGACAACUUGUACCUUGCUGCUCUGUACCUAAAGGCAUGUGCAAAGGAAAGAAGAAACGUUAAAGAUGAAACAUGUGAGUUGGCCAAAAGGGUUUUGAGAAAGCCACCAAGCAGCUACAGUGGCAUAAGACCAUUACUAAAGCUUUACAGAACGCAUAUAUCAAUGGAUGAGGCUAUUGAUUUGGCAGAGGAAGCUCUGGAAAGACAUCCAGAUGAACGUUUUCUGAAGUGGUGUGCAGCAAACUGCUACAGAUGGAGGGUUUAUUCAAACAAGAGAAAUCCCCUGGUGCAAAGAAUGAUAGAAAGAGCAAUUAGUCUCCAUAAAGAAGUGAUCUCUCUUUAUCCUCAUUCCUCCCUUAAAGUAAAAAUAGCUCUCGCAAACAUAGUAGCACAGCUGAAUCAUGGCCAGGGUGAUGCUGACCAGAUUUACCAGGAUCUGCUAGAAAGUGAUCUGGAACCUGCAGACAGACAGAUGCUUUACGACUGCUAUGGCAAGUAUUUGCACUUCAUUCGAAAGGAAAGGCGCAAGGCAAUAAAAUAUCACAUGAUGGCAGCAGAGAUAACACAUCAGUCUCGCUAUCGUGAGAGCAGCAUCAGUACUCUAAAGAGGAUUAAAGAAAGAAGAGACUUAAUGUGUGGAGAAAUUGAAGAUGUUCUUGCUAAGCUUCAAGACUAA